AUGGACAAAGAGAACAGGAUUACUACUCCUUCAGCAAGUACCUCAGAUGCCAGUAGCACAACUAGUGCUGAAAUACGUCUCCCCCAUGGUCUUUGGCUUAUCGAGUUGCCUUGUAUAUGUUAA